UUAUUCUUGUGAUGUUUCGAAUCACGUAGCGAAGGCAUCUUCAAUCCCCACGGUGGUUGUUAUUGGUGCUCCGCCGUUGAUUGUUCGUUAUCCUGUCCGUCGUCUCAAUGUUAUUCUAUCCGGAUAUGGCACACUCAUUUGUGAGGCGAAAAUGGAUUCCCGCAACAUCUCUUAUCAAUGGUGGUUUAAUCAGUCGAAGUCCGGUUCUUUCGUGCCAUUACCAAAUGAAACAUUUUCUCAUUUAAGUUUUGCUCCAGUAAAAUCCUUCCAUGAAGGAUAGUACUUUUGCAACGUCUCGAAUCCAUUCGGCAACGCCAUUACGCAAAAGAGUUUUGUCAAAGUGUUGAAGUACAGUCUUCCAGUACCAAUUGCUAAGCUCUCAUUGACAGUCAUAUCUGAAUCUUCUAACAAUUUUUCAAUUUUAUAUAAUGAUGCACUGGCUAAGGCACUCGCUUCUCGUUUGGCAACCUCUAAUAAAACUCUGCUGCCUGAAAAAAUUAUUAAAGACCUAAUUCCAACAAGUUGUAGACAAAUUUCGCGCCGUGAAGACGAAUUUGGUCGCACAGAUACGUGUGAUUGGACAUUUAGCAUAAUUGGUGAUAACGUUACCUCAAGCGCAGAACACAUAGCACCACCACAACAGAUUAAAAAAAUCGUCAGCUCAACUUCCAGGCUUAAAAGACAGAUCGGUAAACUAGGAAAUUAUACCAAUGCUGGCGAUAUUUCAUUCUCUUUGGAUAAUUCCAGUUUUUUUUCGCCAAAAAAUUCUCUGGGGAUAAUAGGGAUGUCUUUGUUUUGUCCUAAGGGCCAGUUCCUCGUUGAAAAUGAUUACAAAUGCGCCGACUGUCCACCUGGAUCUUAUGGGACAAGGAUAAAUGGCGUUGCAACAUGUAGUAAUUGUCCUCGUGGAUUGUAUCAAUCAAUUCCGGGUCAAAUAUCUUGCAACAAGUGCCCUGAAGGAUUUGUAACUGCUGACCAUGGUGCCAUGGAUCAAAGCCAGUGUGAAGACGAAAAUAAAUUCUUCCUGUUGUUUUUGCUCGUAAAUAUUUAUCCUGGCGAUGUCUCUGUCACUGCAAAUGUUUCUGGCAAGCUGGAGAAAUUUGAUCUGAAACCAGCAAGAAGAGCGCUCAUGACUAAGAAGUGGAAGACAAAAAAGACGUUGAUCUUGAGUGCAGUCGAUGAUAAUACAAACCGAACGGUCAAGAUCAAUGGACAGUCUGUAAUUCGUCUUCAACCAACGCCAAAGAACCGUGUCCGUUCUCUGAUAGUGCUUAUUAUCAAAGGAUGAUUGAACAGAUGAAAGGAAUUUGCAGAAAAGUGUAUUUUGGGGGAUAAUAAUCAUUUAUUUCAUUAAAAUUUUAGUUGACAUAGUUAUACUGAAUAUAUUAAUGUGAAGUUAGUUGAAGUUAGUAGAUUGAAAAUAAUCCCGGGUGGUGCAAAUAAUGCAGAAUGAUUACAAGUCUCUUUGUAGAAUUAAAUUUUCGCUUUCAUAUAACAACAAACUGUAUGCAUUUAGAAAAAU